AUGGUCCCUGAGGCCAGCGAGGGCGCGGUUCUGGUAGCCCUCAAGUACCUGUAUCCGGCAACUGUCUUCGUUUACUUCUUGGCUGCAUCUCUAUUGGCCUCCUGCACUCUGCAGGCUCUCAAGCAGAAUCGGGGAGCUCAGCCAGAGCGGCCCAGCCAACGGACAGUCACCAUCAUACUCGGAUGUUUCCUGUCGACAUAUGUGGCUCAACUCAUCCUUCUCGGCACGCAAUCCGUCAUUACAAGGUCUGCUCCCGUUGAACAUGCCCUCAUCGGCUAUCUGUCAUGCAUUCUCGUCUUUGGCAUGCUGUUUACUCAGUUGAUUGAGUCCGAAGCCGUGGUGUGGUACCCCUUUCGCGGAUCAUGGUUCCUCGCGGUGUGUUUUGAGCUCCCCAUCGCAUCGGAUGAGGAGAGACAGGCACUACUGUCAAAACACGAUGGUGACCAAUCCGGAACUCAGAUAACCUCGGGGGAGCCUGCAAACAGCUCCAGCUACGGCUCAACAGCGCAAAGAGAAAGUGCAUCUAGCGGCAACACUGAGCACCCCUGGUACAAGCGACACAGAGAAGGCCGUGCAAAGUUGGAGAAGAGACUGGAAGAAGAGGGAAAUUGGUUUCAAUAUGUCAAAAGCUUCUCGAUUUUGCUCCCUUACAUUUGGCCUGUGGGAAGUCGCAACUUGCAGCUGCGAGCUGUAGGCGUUGUAUUAUGCCUGCUCGCCUCGAAUGCCCUGCACCUGCUCAUUCCCCGGCAGACUGGCAUCAUCAUGGACACUCUUGGCCAGUCUUCUAGCAAUCCUUGGACAGCUGUUAUACUCUUUGCGCUUCUUCGACUGGCGGCUUCCGAAUCGGGCAUUGACCUUGUCCGCUCAUGGUUGUGGCUACCUGUUAGAUACUACUCUCAAGAAGCCCUAACCAGGGCUUCUUAUUCUCAUAUAAUGCACCUAUCCGCCGAUUUCCACGAGUCCAAGUCCACGAGCGAUUUGCAGAGUGCCAUUUUUGGCGGAAACGCAAUCGCAAAUGCAAUCGAAAGCAUUUUGCUUCAAGCUGCACCUAUGCUGGUCGAUAUGUGUGUCGCUAUUGUCUAUCUUUCCAUUACAUUCGGCGCAUACGAAGGCCUAAUUACUGCGGCUACUGGAACCGUCUUCAUGACACUUGCAACUCGCCUCGUAGCUGAAUCCGGGGCGACCACCCGCAGCCGUCAAAAUGCCUGGUACCAAGAGAGUAGAAUUCGAACUUCCGGUCUGAAUGGGUGGCAUACUGCCAGCGCCUUCAAUCAGAUCGGCUAUGAGGACAAUAGACAUGCCGAUGCGGUGACUGAACGAUGGCUUAAGGAGCAGCAGUAUAUGAUGGGCUGGUCUGUGUCCGUUGCCUUCCAGACUAUGGUUCUCACUGUAGGCCUCAUGGCAAGCGCAUUUCUCGCUGUCUUUCGUAUUCACAGUGGACAAGCGACGCCGGGGCAGUUUGCGAUGCUUCUCAUGUAUUGGGCACAGCUUACUGCGCCGCUGCAGUUUUUCGCCAACCUCGGCAAAGGCAUGAGCGACAACCUCAUUAGCGCAGAACGACUCUUGGCCAUCAUGAGGACCAGCCCCUCAGUUGAGAGUAAAAAGGGGGCGCGGCUAUUCAAGUUCGUCUCUGGAGAGGUCAAGUUCAAUGACGUGCGCUUCAGUUAUGAUGGGUCCAGGGGUAUCAUCAACUCCGUCAGCCUAGAUAUUCCUGCGGGCACGACAGUGGCCUUUGUGGGGAAAACGGGAUCAGGGAAGUCCACACUACUGAAGCUUUUGUCCCGAAACUAUGAAAUCCAAUCGGGCAGCAUCUCUAUAGAUGGCCAGGAUAUUCGUGAUGUUGAGCUCUUCAGUCUACGCGAACACAUUGGCGUUGUUCAUCAAAAUCCCGAGCUUUUUGAUGACUCAAUUAUGAACAAUGUGCGCUACGGCAAACUCGGUGCAACCGACGAGCAAGUAUUCGAAGCGUGCCGAGCCGCCAGUAUCCAUGACAAGAUCAUGAGUUAUACUGAUGGUUACGAGACGCACGUCGGUGAACGUGGAGUGAAACUCUCUGGAGGAGAGCUCCAGCGCGUGGCAAUUGCCCGGGCGAUACUGAGGCAGCCUGAUAUAGUUAUUUUGGAUGAGGCUACCAGCGCUGUUGAUACGGAGACUGAACAGCUGAUUCAGAACUCUCUCGAGAAACUCUGCCGAGGACGCACCACACUCGUUGUAGCCCACCGCCUUUCUACCAUUAUGAAUGCCGACCGUAUCGUAGUUCUUGAAAAUGGUGAGAUCAUCGAGCAAGGCUCACAUAGUGAUCUCGUUGCCGCCGACGGGCGAUACGCAUAUCUGUGGUCGAAGCAGACCUUCUGGACACCGCAAGAUGAGGCCAACGUCGCAGACGAGCUCGACGACGCAAAUACCACCGCUAGUGACUCUUGCUCUGAGAGAACCACUACCGAGACGUGUGAGCUACAGGAUGAAAGUCAGGGUAGCAGCGUAUCGGGGGUAAGCGAUGGCAAAUCAUCCACACAGAAGAAGCGUCAGAAGGAGGGGUCCCGCUUGAAUCCUGUGGCCCCUGAAUUUACACCUCGGGCGAUAAUAAUGACCAAGUCUAAAUUCAAAACAACAGAUGCUACUCAGCAGACUACCUCUUCAGCUGUCAAGAAAACCGAGACUUAG